AAAUUGUUCGUCUGAACUUUUGAUCAACCCCAGUAGACGCUAGUCUCUUUCCCGCCUCUCUUGGCCGGCGCUUUGUCCCAUGUUUUUGAACCAAGCCAAGACUGGUGAACGGCUGAAGUUGCGUCUUCUGCUCUCGUUUUUCGUCUGCUUCAACGAUGUUCAGUUUCCAUGACUCCUUGUCGUUUCUUAUUCCACAUCUUCAACAAUUCAACACACUAACUCAAGUGUUUCUGAGAGCAAUCUUAAGAUGGAGGUUUCUAGCCCACCCUUUGGCCUGGAAGAAGCCUACAACACACUGUUGACACCAGGUGCACUGUCAUUUAUUGGGGACAUCGCAGUCAAAUUUGAUCAGAGAGUGGAACAGAUGCUAAAUGACAGAAUUCUCAAGAAGGCACACCUCGAUCGGUCCAGAGGUCUUCCUGAUUUCUCGCCAGAGACAAGUCACAUAAGGACAGGCUCCUGGAAGGUGGAUCCUGUCCCAAGGAGGCUGACAAACAGACACGUAGACCUGGGCGAUGUGUCUCCAGCCAACACCGGGCAUUUUGUGCAAGCACUGCAAUCUACUGCCCAAGGCAUACAGACAGACUUUGAUGAUGGCCAUUGUCCAACAUGGCAAACCCAACUGCAAGGGAUGUUCAACAUCUACCAGGCUGUACACGACAAGCUGUACGCUAACAUGCCGUCCAUUGACAACCUACCUGUACUCAUGCUGAGACCCAGGGCAUGGAAUAUGGUGGAGCACAAUAUGCUGGUCUAUGGCAAGGAGGUCCCUGGGCCCAUCUUUGACUUUGGCUUGCUGAUGUUCCACACGGCCAAGAUUCUUCAUGCCAAAGAGAGUGGGCCUUUUUUCUACUUAUCCAAGCUUGAGGGAUACAAAGAGGCCAGGCUUUGGAAAGACAUCUUUGUGUUUGCAGAGGAGAAGCUUGGAUUGAGAAUUGGCACCAUUAAAGCGACUGUGCUAAUUGAGAACAUCUUUGCGGCAUUUGAGAUGCAUGAGAUACUGUAUGAGCUCCGCUACCACUCCGCCGGCCUCAACUGUGGUAUCUGGGAUUAUUCUGCAUCUUUCAUCAAUAAACUUGGAAACAGGCCGGAGUUUGUGCUUCCAGACCGCAGCAAGUACGUCAACAUGCAGAGGCAUUUCCUGAAGAGUUACAUGGCACUGACGAUCAAGACGUGCCACGGCCGUGGAUGCCAUGCCACGGGAGGAAUGAGUGCAACCUUAUUGCCUGCGACACUAGGCCCAGAGUAUGAUAGACUUAUGGAUGUGGCUUGCAGAGCCAAGUUGACUGAAAUCAAGGCUGGGGCAGAUGGAUUCAUGGUGUAUGACAUACGUCUUGUCAAGCCCAUGCAAAAGUUGUUUGAGAUGUACGCCCCUGCUGCAAACCAGUACAGCGUUCUCAGACCUGAUGUGAAUGCCACCAAAGAAGACUUGCUGCUAAUGCCAUCGGGAGGCGUGACAUUGGCUGGUCUGAAACACAACAUUGCUGUUGCUGUCCUGUUUAUUGAGUCUUGGUUAAAAGGACAAGGGCAUUUCUUCUACAAAGGGGCUAUUGAAGACUCAGCAACAGCAGAGAUAUCCAGGUCCCAGGUGUGGCAGUGGAUCCGUCACAGGGCACAUCUAGAAGGCAAUCAUCAACUCAUCACAUACUCCCUCGUCAAGGACCUGUGCCAGCAGUUCCUCGACCGGCAAAUCCAAGACAACCCCUACUUUUCCACCACGGAGCAGAGAAAGCGCCUGCUGAGGGCAGCGGACAUUUUCCGCCAGCUCGUCACCAAGACGGCCUUCCCAGAAUUCAUCACUACGUACCUGAGCUUGGAGAACAGUUUUCGAACCAGCACCUGGCAUGCAUCGAAACUGUAGGAUUUUGUUUUUUGAUGAAGUACAAUUAGUGAAAAGCCGGUGGGGGUUGCAGGUCAUAUGAACAAGAUUUUUGAAACCAUUGUUUGAGGGGAGUGGUCUUUUGGGCUGGACACACAGUCUAGUAGCCACUUGCUGAGCACUGCUAUUCAAAUGUAGUCUCUGUAAAACCCAAAUGUUUGUUAUUAAAAUGAAUAGAAUGUUUGAAAAAUGUUACUGAACUUUUCGAGCUUUUUUUUUGCAUUUCUUUUCGCUUAGAAAAGAAAAUCAUGUUUAUAGUCAGUGGAUUUAUUAUUCAGUAGUUAACUCUAUCUGUUUUCGGGCAUUAUUUUGUGUAAUCUGAUAAACGUAUUUUUGUCAGUCCAGACAAAAUUGACAAAUACAGAAUGGUGUUUCACAAGAUUUUCUGUUACAAUAAGUUUCCAAUUAGAAUUUAAUCACAGACACUGCAUUGAUGGUAUCAGAUAUUCAUUUUUCAUCCAGGCAUUGGGCAUUUUAUUAACUGAUACUUGCUAUAUUGCCAAUUCAGAAAAAUUUGUAAUUUAAGUAAAAGGUUUGUUUAGAAGGUUGAUCUGCUAAAAUAAACUUUCAAAUGCAAGUUCAAAACUGAGUCUGCUAUACAUCCUGUAUCAAGUCUGUUAUGUCACUCAAAACAAUGGUUUAUAAUCUACAUGCAGGAUUGGGGAUUUUUGUUUUGUUUCUACUGCUUAAUGUUUUCAUCUAAAUUACAUACACUGACAUAAAUGAAGUAUCAUAGACUUGUUCUUAUUAGGGGUGUGCAUUGGAACCAGGUACCGGAGUACCCGGCCGCUGACGUCAGGAACCGGUUCCAGAUUAUGGGAUCGGGCACCUGUAACCAACUUUACCAAUUACUUAGUAACUCCUCCGACAAUGAAACAGAAAGGUUUUGAAUGUCAAUUGUGGGGAAUUUCCAAAGUGAAAACCAGGCUACAUGGAAAACCAAAACAGAUGUCACGUUCAUGAUACUCAUGAAAGUUGCAAUUUUCACCUAAAGCUGUAAAGCUCACUGUACUACACACAUGAAUUGCUGCACUGACGCAGUGAUGUGGUAGUAUUAUCGCGCGCACCUUAAUGAACAAUCUCAACAGAAACUUCCGAGAUUUGUAUUUCUGGGUUGGUUUUCUUUAACAGGUACCAUUUUUUUUUUCAAUUGGGUAUGGGGUGAGCAUUUACGGGUUGUACGGGAACUGGGCCCCCCUACUUGUUCUGACAGUAUUGAAAUAAUAUUCAAGACAGAAUCACACUUCCAAAAUAAUCUUUUAUUCCCACUGGAUGUGAAAAUCAACACACACUGAUGCACAGGGAAUGUAUGCUUGCGUUAAUCAAAAUUGUUUAAGCACUCAUCAGCGCAUAAAUUAAAUUCACAUGCCUCACCAAUUCAUGCCCGUUAUUCAUAGUUUCUUUAAAAAAAUGUUUUAAGUAUAAACAUUUCAAGUGCAAACAGCACACUAUAUUGAAAAUAAAAUGCAGAAGCAUGAUGAUGAUGUGUUGCGAUCCAAAGGAAUAAAAAUGAAGGAAAGUUUAAUUUAUAAAGAGGGGGCACUAUUACUUGGAAAAUUGUUUUCUGGCCAGCUGCAAUUGCUUUCCACACGGGAAAAAAAGUGCACUUUAAUUGACUGCUAUGGUUAAAAGAAAUGUAUGUUUCAAACAUGGAUUUAUUCAGAAUCGAGCAAAUGUAACCGGAGGAAAUUAUUUAAAAAUCUGGUAUUUUUCAAAGCAACAAUGCCCAAUCUCUAAAAUGUCUUGGUGCCUGAUUAACCCAAUAGUAGCCAUGGGGCUAUUUGAUUGUUGAAUGAUAGAUUUCUAUUCCACGACCUGUUUUAUACAUAAAAUUAAUAUAAAUGUAUGUAAACCAAAGAAUAAUAAAAAAGAAUAUAGAUUAAUUUACAA